CUCAACUUGAAAGGGUUCUACUCACCUUUCCUUCUUUUUUUUCCCUUCUUCUUUAUUUUUGUGUAUUAUUUUUUUUCUUCCUUUCCAUUGACCUUUUGCCUAUUAUUAAUUUUUUUGUAUCUAAUGUCCUUCUGCCGUGCAUCGUUACCUCUAUCUCCGCCAUUGACGACGGAUCGGGAACUGUGUGAUUCACUCUACAAUAACAAAGAGGAAGAAGUACCUGCUUCAGCGCCCGUAUUUGAAGGUCAUCUUUACUUGUGCACAAAUAAAAGUGGAAAAAAGAAAUGGCAAUGGCGACUUUUCCGCUUUGACGGUACCUCAUUGAGCUGUUUAUCCAGCCGAAAAGUUAAAUUGCCGCCUGAUACUUUUAUUGAUAUGCCUGUUGAUCCCACUCUUCGAUUAACCCAACUCGACCAAGACCCAUGUUCCGCCACGUUAAAUCUAUCUUUGACCUCGCCAUUGCUAGCCACACCUAAAACCAACCAUCGCUUAUCGCUACUGAAACGUCGUCAUUCGGACCGAACUCACGGGCCCAAAUUAGCAAGCUAUUAUCAAUACCCUAAAUGGACGGUUGAUAUUACCAACAUUUCGUCCAUUUCUAUUCUCAAACCAGAUACACCAUCUUCCAAACAAAUCAACACAUUGCCACUACUCAACCUGACGCAGUCCCGAUGCUUUUGUGUUCGCACCUUUGACGGACAGUGUCACGUUAUGAAGGCACCAAAAGAUAAAGACCUCGAACGAUGGUUAUUUGUAUUGACCAAGAUGUGGAAAUAUGCCAAUGCGGUGCGGGAUCAAUUAUUGGCUCAAUCGCAGCCGAUGGCGCGACCGAUGAAUAGUAACGACUUGGUAGGUUAUCCGCCUCUGGCUACCGAUCCUAACGUCCCUACCACUGCGAUGCAUUCUGCGACUCCGCCACUCCGCGACUAUGGCAUUCCAUCUCCUGCGCAGGAGAAAUCCUUUUUCGAACCGUCCGACGCGCCCAAACAUUUAUCACUGGAAAAAGCCCAGUGGAUCGACGAAUGGAGCCGGUCCAUUGCGGAAUUGGUUGCUCAAGAUCCUCAUGUCGAAUUUGUCCCACCGCCCAUCGAAUCUAUUCCCGACGACGAUCAAAUGAGUCUCGGGAGUGGCAUGACCAGUAUCAGUGCUCGAGGCAAAGCAAAACCGGUCCUACCUGCUUAUGACCACCCACAGGGGGAAACACAGUGGAGAACACUGGAAAAGGAUAAGAACAAUAGCGACCACCCAACCCCGUAUCCGCAAGAGUCACCUGUGGAAGGUCGACCUCAUCCUGUACUCAGGAAGAAACGGUCCGACGAUGUGAAAAACUGGAUCACUCGACAAUCACCGACGGACCAAGCUCCUGGCGAGCAUCACCAUCGGUCACUAUCCCCCUCACAUCGUCGUCAAUCGCUGAAUAUCUUGUCCUCUAUGCGUCACGACGACCAACCAUCCAGUCCUCAUGUUUCUCAGCUACAGUCGUCUAAAAUCACCCGUCGAGCGUCGGCAGGUUUGAUAUCUCACUCCUUCACCAAUUACCGCAGCCAGAGCCAGCCACUGAGGGAUGAUAUCGACGACAAUCUAGGGAACGACGGCAUAUCUGUGCAUCCAACACCUCCCCUGCACCACCAAGACGGGUACAAUGACAUCCAUCGAAUCCAUCCGUCCUUGUUGUCAAGGACACCCAGUAUGCAAACCCUUCAACAGCAGCAUCAACAGCAGCGAGGAACGGCGGUGCAUCAACCUGGCGUUGAUGAUGAUGAUAUCAGUUUGGCCGAUUUACAACGUUCUUUACGACGGUUAAGCAUGAAUACUCCGCGACAACCACCGCGUCACAAGCUAUCAAGAUCGUCGAUGGACUUGCAGCGACCUUAUAGUGUAUCAUACGAUUCGCUGUCUCCGUAUUGUCAUCCUACUCAGGGUGCGACGGGCUUGAUGACAUCCCAUAGCACCAGAAACCGCAUGUCUCCACUAGUCGCCCCUGCUUUACCGCCGAUACCUAGAGCCUCCAGUACCCCAUUGACCACACAUCACUUGCUGAGCUAUCCAGCCAUGGUUGACACGUUGAAAGAAACCCAUCGUGUUCGUUACAGCUUGGAUGACCCACGUCUACCGCAUGCCAAACAUGCGCAACAAGCCUAUCCUUUUCACCCACUUUCCAGAUCCACAUGGGACAUGGCGCCGUGCCAAAAAUUGGCUCCUUUGAAGGUGAAAUCGCAAUCAAUAGACAAAGACAGAUCCCACGGCCUGGGCACUCAUUAUCAACGACACUCUGUUGAUCUAUUGCCUGAUCAAACACGGUAUUACAGGCCAUAAGAAAAAUAAAUGAAGCGGUUUUCGACAUGUAUCGGUGCCAGAAGAUCUUUUUUUUUUCCUUCCUUCCUUCCUUUCUCCCUCCCUCCCUCCUUUUUUCCCUUGCUCCUUUUCUCUAAUUGAUUCAUAGACUGAUUACUACAACGAAGCGAAAGAAAAAAAAAAAGAUGAUAAUUCAUUAUUAUACUACACAAUAACCGAGAGAAGCCAAAAAAAAAAAAAAAAAAAAAAAAAAA